UCUUAGAUCGACAUGUGGCAGCCCUAGAGCUGCGCGUGCGCACGUUAAUAAAACCAGUGGCAGACCGCGCGCGCAUCUCAUUCCGUUGUCAGCUGCGCACGAGAACGGACGCGUCACCAUGGCUAAAGAGGAUAUGAUGAAAGCGGCGCUCUACUGCGUAAACGUGGUCUUCGCAGUGUUUGGACUUGCCACCACCGCCACCGGACUGUGGUUCUUCGUCCAGUUGACCGAGUUCGUCAGCCUGAGGAACAGCAACCACUACCUCCUGGACUACCGAGUCUACUGGCCCCAAGUCGCGCCAUGGCUCUUCAUCCUCCUCGGCAUCCUCAUCAUGUUCGUGGCCUUCUGUGGAUGGUGCGGUGCUCAGAAGGAAAGCCGAGGCUUACUCGGCAUUUACGGUGCAGUGAUUGUGCUAAUAGUGCUUCUGCAGGUCAUAUCGGCGACCCUGAUAUUCGUUUUCGUCGACAGUGAAUACACGGAUCGGUUCAUCAAAGAUACAGUGUACGACGGAUACUACAAUUCCCAGUCGAACCCGGACUCUUUGAGGGCGUUCGGACGGAUUGAGCGGAGGUUGAGGUGCUGUGGAGCUAACGAUGCUCGUGACUACAGAAGCUUCAGAAACGACUUGCCGUUGACGUGCUGCGCUGACAGCUACUACCGAGCGACUUGCGACUUUACGGACAAAGAAGCGAACGAACGGUUAGGUUGUGCUAAAGUGGCUUCUGUCUACACGAAGAUCAUCAGCUCUUCCAUCGCUGGAGCGUCUCUGUUGAUAGCCAUAGUCGAGAUAACUGGUGCUAUUAUCGCGUGGAAACUGUUCCAUUCUUUACGAGAAGUGGAGCACUACAUCACGGAGAGGAAAGAAGGUGAGACGGAGUGCUAGUUCAGUAUUAUCGUCACAACGCGACCGCCAUAUUUCGAAUUCGAUUCGAUUGCCUGAAUAAUAAUUUGCUUUCGUUUGAAAGUUACCGAAUCUUUCGAGGCAUGCUUUUGGUUCUUGAAAGAUGACUCAGACAUUCCGUGUUCUUAAUUAGGCAUUUGAUUAGGUUAGUUGAAUUGACUGAGGUUUGAUCCUUGCCCCGGCCGGGCGGGAGGUCAAUGCGGCCCCCCGUCCCUCUGGCCGCGUAAUUACAAUCUCCAGCGCUCGGGUCCAAACUAUCGAGUCCCCACCAAGUAGAAGUGGCAUAUCUCUCGACGGUAGGUUUCGUAACUCGUUUGGCCAAACGAGAAGCCUUGCGCGUCGAGUUCGUUAGAUAAGUAUGAGAAAAAUGUGACCUCAAAAUUGGUACUUAGCGCAGUACUAAAUCGUGGAUCGAGGUACUUUUUUGAGGUCACGUUAGGUAACUCUGUGUCAAUGGUUGUUUUGUAAGCGUUUGUUGUGUUACGCCCGAUUGGGCCUUCUAUAUGUUAAUUUUUACGCAAUAUGUAUGCUAAGUGAAUUUGACAUAUGGUUUGCAACAUUAUGUAAGUGCGUGCCUGAUGUACCAUUAUUCAUGUUUACAAUUUUGAUUUUUAAAUUAAGAUCUUUUAGUGUUACUGUAAAAUUUAUUUCCGUCCUUUUAAAGUAAAAGCCAUAUUUAAUAAAGUUAGAUUUAUAAUAAUAAUAUAUUUUGAGACAGGAUGUUAUUAACAUGCCAAAGACAAAUAGAGGUACAAAAUGUUCACGAGAUGUUUAAUAUAAAAAGUAUAUUUUUUGCAUGCAAAUUAUAUAUCCAUUGUAUACGUAGAUUAUUGUAACCAUGAAAUCACACUGAUGUAAUUAUUAUUUAGAAUAAGGUUAUU